UUUUUUUUUAAAUUAUCUAAACUGGAACAUAUAUAUUUGUGUGUGUUUUUGUGGGUGCAAUUUCUAAGGCAUAAUUUUAACUACUGAAACGGCCCAUUAACCUGCUCCCCAAAAGCCAAAGGAUGGGGCUAGACCUAUAUCUAUUAGCUGGCAGUAAUCAUAAUGGAGAAGCAUCUCCUUGUUUUUGAUCCUGUAACCUCCCAUCAGAGAUUAAGAUGAGGAAUGUUGAAGACAGUAGCCCUGAUGCCUAGCUAUAUAAGACAUUAAUAGGUUAAAACUAACACUUUAAAUUGCAUUGAGAUUUACUGGCAUUCAAGGCAGGGUCCAUGAGUAGGUGUUCAUGGCAUCAGUGCCAGUUAGCAUGCAGGCCAUUGUAUGUUGUGCCUACUGCAGUUUCAGAGUAGCUUUUAAAAGCAAACUCCAUGUAGAGCGAAUUGCAAUUGGCCAAUGUGUUGAUGACAGUACAGCCUCUGCUCACAACCCUAAUUCGUUCCGUUACUUUGGUCGCAAACUGAUUUGGUUGUGACCCGAACCUAAUUUUGGAUAUUUGGUGCUUACAAAAAAAAAUAAGGCACGGAAGGAGAAAUUGGCCGUGAAAAAAAUAUAUUAAUUUUUUGGUUGGAACCUGAUCAGAAGCGUUCAUGACCAGAGGGUCUACUGAGUUACUAUCCCCCCAGCUCCAGACAGUCACAACUGGUAUCCCAGCUGCAACUGGGUUAAGGACCUCCUGGCUGUCAGUAGAAUCGAAUCAUGGCUGGAAGGAACCUUGGAGAUCUAGUCCAACCCUUUCCCAAGGCAGGAGAACUACCUUUUGCCUGCCUAAUAGUAUUUGCCCAGUACUAGCCACCUAAGUCAUGGAUUCCCCUUUCAAAGGCAAUGGUACCCUUAUAGGAGAGAACCCAGAACUGUGGGAGAACCUUCGUGUACAGACAGCAACUCUGUUUUGCUUGAAUUCAGUUGCAGCCCAUUUCUCCCCAUCUAGAUCCUGAAAGCUUAUGUGACAUAUAGUUAGUGGAUGAUGGAAACAAAAGCUGUUGGUGAUAGUUGAUUCAUCAAGGAAUAUUUCUGUUAAUUCAAUUGGGUAUUGCCAGUUCCAGGCUUUCUAUGCAGAGGUUAAUAUUGUAUGUAUGUUGAGGAUUUUGUCUCAGAAAUAUGCAAAUAUGAUAACCAUGAUUUUAUUGGCAUUUAUAUUAGCUUGUCUAUUAUCCAUUUAUUGACAAUUGUGGCAUUUUUUAACAGGGUAGCAACUGAUAAGUAAUAAUGUGAAAUACCAUGUGAACAAAAUUAGAUUAAUUCAGAUAUAUCAGUGCCCAGAUUACUUGAUACGCAGCAACUUUAUUCCUGCUUGGCCAAUUUUUGCCAUCUAUUUGGCUCAGCUGUUGCUGUCCUAGUUUUUUCAGGCAACUAUCAGAUUUUUGUAAAGGAAAUUUCACAAACAUUUUUUGUUCUUGGAUUCAGAUGCUGCUGUGUUCUGGAAUCUAGGUAGGGGAUUUAAAAAGCAACUUGGGAGUAAGUCAUCCAUCUUGUAAUCAAACCAUCCCUCCCUGUCUCAGUGGUCAUGAGAGUUUUGCAUUAGAGCUCCCAUCAUCCCUGACCAUUUUGCCUGUGAUGAUUUAUAGGCAGAAAUAAAUUUUUAGAGGAGCUUGUAAAUGACAGAGGUCUCCAAAGGAUACAGCAGUGGUUAUUAAAACUUUUAGCUUGUUUAAUAAAAUGUAAUCAGAAUUAGUAUUUAUAGGAUAUUAGUUAUACUUAACACAUAUUCAUUGCUUAUCUGGUUACUGUAAUUUAACAAGUUUAGCAGAUGCUAAAUGUCUGCAUUAGCUUUUACACAAUAAGCUCAUUUUGUACAUAAAUUUCUUUAGAUGAUUUGUGCCAGCCUUAUGGCUUUAUCAGACAUUAUUUUGUACUGAAGAUAAUCCUGUAUAUUUUCUCAGUUGAUCACAUGCUGUCUAAACAAAUUAUAAAUAACACUUUCAGAAGGAUGGAAUUUAAUUUUGUUAUAGAGGACAGUUUUAGCCAAUAAAACAUUGGAGUUACAAUUAUAGACUAAAAACAGCUAUUUUAUUCUAUGCUUUUUAUGUAUAACAGUUUUAAGUUUUUAGUUAUGUUCAGAUAUGACAAUUUAAAAGUUUUAUUUUUCCUGAAAUUUUAAACAUACAGGCCAGUGUUAAGAAAGAAAUUCUUUGCUAUAUAUCCUUUUGUUGCCACAAUAUCCCUGUGGCAUUGCCUGGAACUACCACAAGGUGUCAUUAUAUGCAUAUAGGUGCUACUCAGUGCUGAUGAAAAUGAAGAUUUUAGAUACAGGUUUGAUCAAAUACACUAUCUAGCUUUGUAUCUUACCAUGGUUAGGACUUGCUUAGGAAUUUGAUCCAGAUUUCACAGAUUCUUUAUUAAGUCAACUAAUAUACAGAUCCAUGAAGAUAGUUUUACAUUCUCAAAACAGCUGAUUAUGAUACAAAAAUCUGCACAUGGAAUUUGCUGACACUUAAACUUGCACACUUGUAGAAAGCAUAUUGCCUAUAUAUAAGUCCAUUUUGUGCGAUCAGUAUUACUUCAAGUCUUACAAAUGAAAUAGCAUUAACAUUCAUUAUGUCUGUGAAUCUAGUCUUGACACUGGAUUGAAGCUCAUAACUGGAGCAUUGCUAGGAAAACUCCCAUCCCAUUUCCCAUUACUUUGAAGGUUAACUUUGAAUAUCUCCACACCUGAUAAGAAUCUGAAAUGCGUCUGCCAUCUUAAAAAGCCACCAAUCUGAUUCCACUGGCUUUUCCACUGGAUUCUAUAAAUGUGACUGUCUUGUGGACAGGUUCUCUGGAGCUGGUUGCUAUGAGCUAGUUGCUAGGAUACAUAUUGUUACUUCAGUUCUACACAUUCCUCCAAGUUCCUAACUUAAGGGAAUAAUUUAGUCCUCUGGGACACUACAAGGAUUCUGCUCACUGCAGUAAACCAAUCAAUAUCUUGACUGGCAGAGAAGAUGGGACGUCUCCCCUUAGGUGCCGUUUCUCCCUAUGUAAAAACAAGUUCUGGUGGAAGUAUGGACCCCAUGAAAUUCUAUUGCACCAGCUAUGGGGCAGCUUAUGGUCAGGAAGGCUUUCGUCCUCGGAAUGGCUUCCAUUUUGGAGCAGGAUAUAAAAGCAACUACCGGCCUGUUGUCCAAUACAACCCAAACCUAGAUAAAAUAGAUAAUCCACCUGUGGGGAAACUCCUCCAAGAUAACUAUGAAUCAACAACCAAUAAACAUUUCCAGCCCCUUCAGCUCCCGGAUGGGAAGUAUCCUCUUCCCUGGAGUGUACAUCAGCCAGGCAGUGGGUAUGUUCGAGAAAAGCCUCUAACUUUUCCCACAACCCAAGCAGUCAAAAGGGUCCAUUUUGAUACAGCCAACCAGGGAGCUGAAGCUGUGAUAGGGCUGGAGCCCAGACAUGUCCCUGUGCUCCAUAAUACAUUUGGAAAAGGCUCAGUUGAAGCGGAAAAUGCAAGACACGGACCUCAGUUCAUGUCCACGGAAUAUGGCUCUAAGUACCGCUUCAGCAUUCCAGGGCAACCAGAUUUCCUGCAAACGAAAACAAUUGGCGCCAAAGAAGAGUCAGGAUUUACUGAAGGCUGCCUUGCUAACCCCAUUGUGGAGAAACAAGCAUCUCAGGACAGCAAUCCUGGAAUCAGCAUUAUGAAGGCAGAUUAUCUACCAUCUUCUAUUCCACAUGGGGAUGAAUUUCUACCAGUCCUUUCCAAAGGCUCUGAGCGGGGCUCUGGAUUUAGUCGGCAGAAGGAUCUUCGUCUUGGUUCUUCAGGACCCAAUGCAGAAGCAUCUGGGCCACUGAGCCAUUCUCAGUUCCAAGGCCAUCAGCGACAGCCUCAAACACAAACCAAUCUUGUAGGACGAGAGUAUGUGGGCAACAAGGAACCAACAGGAUUCAGCACCAACAACCUUAAUUAUGUGACACCUGUGUAUGACCCAAAUCUGCCUAACAGGUUUUUGACUAGCUAUAAUUCCAAGUUUUAUGAAACCCUUUCAAAGGGAGUGGACAGGGAGGGCUGGACCCGAGGGGGUAUCCAGCCUCAACAAGCAGGUGGCUUUGCUACGAACAACCACGGAACCGACUUAGGAAGUGAUCCUAACGCUACAGAGACCUUGCGGACUGUUCAUCCCCAUGUUGGCAGGACAAUCACAACUGUUGACCCAUUCUAUCGCGAUUCUCCCCAUGAUCGUCGCUUUGCUGCUCUUCAUCAGACAACUGUCCCCAAUUAACCUCUGUUCAGAAGUGAAAAGCACAAUGAUGUCUUUAGACUUCAAGGAACCACUCCGCACGCUAAGGAAGGAGCGUCACUAAUUGUACUGUCAUAACGAAUCUGUCUUAUUUUAUGUACUGCUGUUCUAAAGAAAUUAAGACACAUAUUCAAGCUAUGUCUCCUGUCCUAGAUUAGCACCUUGAAACAAGGAU